AUGAAGCUCCCGGAAAACCGGAAGUGCUUCAAUUGCAACAGUCUGGGCCCUCAGUACGUGUGCACCAACUAUGCCAUCUUCGUCUGCCCUUCAUGCAGCGGUGUCCAUCGGGAGUUCAAUCAUCGUGUCAAGUCUGUAUCAAUGGCCAAGUUCACGCCUGAAGAGGUGGCGGCACUACAGCAGGGAGCGAACCAGCGGGCACGAGAGUACUUUCUCCCAGGGGGCGGCCGAGCCCCUCCCAACAGCAAGCGAUGUGACGCGCACCCUUCUCCCUUUCCACAUCCGCUUACUUCCCCCUCUCCUCUUGCCAACGCCCCUCCAGUGACCCCCAGCCCCGACCCCCAGUCUGUGAGGGAGUUCAUUCGAGCUGUCUUCUUGGAGAGGCGAUAUGUCGGGCGGAACUCACGAGAGAGCUCUCCCUCGGGUCGAACCCACUCCAUGGAUGGCUCUCCCUCUGCCUCCUUCCCCCAGCCCUCCGACCUCCAACGCAGCAGCAGCGCCCGGGCCUCUCUCUCCUUCUCCCCCACUCUCCCUCCUUCCCACAACCACAAGCAGCCGCAGCAGCAGCCACAGCAGCAGCAGCAGCAGCAGCAGCAGCAGAAGGCUCUACCACCACGCAAAUCCCCUUCUCUUUCUGCCAACAGCAACACCAGCGCCAGCACCAGCACUGGUGCGAGAUUCCCUGGCAGCAGCAGCACGAGUAGCACUAGAUUCUCCAACGCCCCAAGCAGCAGUGGUGAUGGGGUGGAUGCACCUAUUCGCCCUGUGGCUGAUCUACUAGGGGAUGAGAUUGAGCUGAGGGUGUAUCACAGCGAGCCAGGGCGGGGGAACACACAUGUGUAUCAAGCUGCCUCCUCUCCUUCAGCCCUACCUGAAUAUGGAUCCAUGGGCUAUGGGCAAGCUCAGUUAUCAGCAGCACCACUAGAGUACGAGGCCUAUGGGAUGCAGGCACAGGGGCAGGGGCAGUUUCAGCCAGUAACCCAGGCCGGGCAGGGGCAGUUUCAGCCAGUAACCCAGGCCGGGCAGGGGCAGUUUCAAGGCGGGGUUAUGGGGAGCCCUGGGGGAGUGAUGGGGAGUGCAGGAGGAGUGAUGGGAAGUCCAGUAGGGGGUAUGGGGAUGGCAAGCGGGUUGAUGGGGGGAGGGGUUAUGGGGAGCCCUGGGGGAGUGAUGGGGAGUGCAGGAGGAGUGACGGGAAGUCCAGUAGGGGGUAUGGGGAGCGCUGGGGGAGGUAUGGGGAGUCCAGGAGGGGUUAUGGGAAGUGCAGCUGGGUUGAUGGGGGGAGGGGUUAUGGGGAGCCCAGGGGGGGUAAUGGGGAGCCCAGGGGGGAUUAUGGGGAGUCCAGGGGGGGUUAUGGGAAGUCCUAGAGGGGUGAUGGGGAGCUCAGGCGGGGUUAUGGGGGGCACAGGGGGAAUGAUGGGAAGUCCAGGAGGAACAAUGGGCAGCCCAGGAGGGGUGAUGGGGGGCGCAGGGGUGGUUAUGGGAAGCCCAGGGGGAGCGAUGGGGAGCCCAGGUGGGGUUCUGGGAAGCGCAGGGGGCCCAAUGGGGAGCCCAGGGGGAGCCAUGGGGAGCCCAGGGGGAGCCAUGGGGAGCCCAGGGGGAGGAGCAAUGGGUAGCGGAAGAGCUGCAAUGUGGAGCCCUGCAGGCGUCAUGGGAAGCCCUGGGAUGAGGUCUCUCUCCUUCCUCACACUGCCCCCUGUUUCCCAGUCCCCAUCCCCGCAGACACCUUUCCUCAACAUGGAAUCGCUGUGA